AAAAUAGCAAAACACGAAUUAGUAGGUUGUGGGCUUGUGGCGGCUUGCCGGCUCCGCAACCAGGCCAAAGCAUACUGCCGGAAGUUUCUUGUUAGGAACUUGGAUAUUGGAUUCCAGUUCAGAAAUGAGUUCAAUCAGUCCACUCUGGUGUAGGUGCCACCCUCAAUUGCAGAUCCCCAGUUUGAUAUCCUUCAACCCGAGCUUCUGCACUCCACUGACGUCGCCGGCGGUGAGCAUAAACCCACAUCGCAACUCCUACGGUACCUCGCGAAAUUCAUCAAUAAUCAAGCUUUCCUUGAUUUCUGGCGUACCAGCUUCAAGUUUCCCAGAAACGAAGCGAUUGUCGACAGCAUCCUUGCCUAUGAAAUGUCUAGUUUUCCUCGUUGGUGCAUUUGUUUUCGUGGGUUCUUUGGGGGUUUCUUCUCCACGAAUUAGUUUAGCUCUACCUGCUGAAGUGGCUGAUUCCGAUGACGUUACAGAAGAGGAGGUGAACGGUACCCAAAUAGAGGUGAAUGAGGGCGUGGAGAUGCACGAGAAGCUUGUGGAGAAUGAGCCGAGGAAUGUGGCCGCCUUAAAGGCGAUUGUGUAUGGGAAGAUGAGAAGAGGCAAGAAUAAGGAGGCUGCGCAAUAUGUUAAGAGAUUGAUCGAUAUUGAGCCGGAUGAGGUGGAGUGGAGGCUCUUGGAGGCACUUUGUUUUGAAAUGAUGGGGCAAUUGAGCAAGGCUAAGAGGUUGUUUAAGGAAAUCCUUGAGGAGAGACCUCUUUUGCUUAGAGCUUUGCACGGUCUGGCGAUGGUGAUGCAUAAAAACCAUGAAGGUCUGGCCAUCUUUGACAUGUUGAAUAAGGCUCUAGAGGUUGCCCGUCAGGAGAAAAGAGUGACCGAGGAGAGGAACAUUAGAAUUUUGAUUGCCCAGAUGCAUGUUGUACUGGGAAAUCUGGAAGAGGGUUUGACUAAAUUUCAAGACCUGAUCAAUGAGAAUCCUCGAGAUUUCCGGCCUUAUCUUUGCCAGGCAAGCCUUUUCUAUCUUGUUGCUUAUAAUCGCGUGUUUUACUGCAAGCAUAUGAGUUCUUGUCCUGAUUUAUUCCUCUGUGGUUGUGCUUGUUAUCUUGGAAUCAUAUACAGCCUGCUGGAGAGGAAAAGUGAAGCUGCGGAGCAAUUUGAGACAUACCGGAGCCUUGUGCCUGAAGAAUUUCCGCAGAGGAGGUUUCUCGAUGAUGUCGUGCUGGCGUCAAAAACCAAUUCCAGGGAAUGGCUACAGAAGGAACUCGGAACUCAAUUCUCAAGGAACAUGAAAUAGAUAGACCACCCCAGUGGAGCUCAAUUUUAUUGCAGAUAGCAGAAUAAAGGUGCAGUGAAACUGCUCUCUGCCUUCCAAGAGCAAGGAUGCUUCCUUCAUCCUGUCUUGAUUUGCUGGCUGGAAAGUUGAGUGAAUUCUGCAGAGAACACAGUUUGCUUUUUGACGUUUGGUCUGUUUGUUACAAAUUAGACACAAAUUGGGAUAUAAAAUUACUAUGGGGAUUGUAGU